AUGCUUAUCUGCCUCCGACGAGGCCUCUCCCUCCUCCGGCAGCGCCAGCCCCCGCCCCGGCUCCCGCCCCGCCUCCUCCUCCACCUCUCCGCCGAGCCGAUGGGCGACCCGGCCGUCGCGCCGGACGCGCCCUACCUGGAGGCGGUGACGCAGAAGCGGAUCCGCAUCUUCGAGGAGAUCCAGGCCCGGCAGGCCCUCGAGCGCCUCAACAUCGGCGGCGACCCCAUCAGAGUAACUUUGCCUGAUGGUGCGAUAAAGGAAGGCAAGAAGUGGAUAUCGACCCCGAUGGAUAUCGCCUCGGGGAUAUCAACUGGGUUAGCGGCCAGCUGUCUGAUAGCUCAGGUGAACGGUGUACUCUGGGACAUGACGAGGCCGUUGGAAGGCGACUGCGACCUGAAGCUGUUCAAGUUUGACAGCAACGAAGGGCGUGACACGUUCUGGCACUCAAGUGCUCAUAUUCUUGGAGAAUCUCUCGAGAGGGUGUAUGGCUGCAAGUUGUGCAUUGGACCUUGUACUACAAGAGGAGAGGGUUUUUACUACGACGCCCACUACAAGGACUUGACACUGAAUGAUACACACUUUGGUCUCAUUGACAAGCAAGCUAAAAAGGCUGUUGCGGAGAAGCAACCAUUUGAACGCAUUGAAGUCUCCAGAGCAGAAGCUCUUGAAGUUUUUGCGGAAAAUGAAUUUAAGGUUGAAAUAAUUAACGAAUUGCCCGAGGACAAGACCAUUACAGUAUACAGAUGUGGUCCUUUGGUCGACCUUUGCCGUGGCCCGCACAUCCCAAAUACUUCCUUUGUUAAAGCUUUCGCUUGCCUCAAGGCUUCAGCAUCAUACUGGAGAGGAAAAGCAGACCGUGAGAGCCUGCAGAGAGUAUAUGGAAUCUCUUUCCCUGAUUCUAAACGUCUCAAGGAAUAUCAACAUAUGAUAGAGGAAGCUAAGAAACGCGAUCAUAGGUUAUUAGGGCAGUCCCAGAAACUCUUCUUUUUCCAUCCACUUAGCCCAGGUAGCUGCUUCUUCCUUCCACAUGGCGCUAUAAUAUAUAACAAAUUGAUGGAUUUUUUGCGCAAGGAGUAUAGAGAGAGAGGCUACCAAGAGGUUCUGAGUCCAAAUAUUUACAACAUGCAACUUUGGGAAACCUCUGGACAUGCUGCAAACUACAAGGACAACAUGUUUGUUUUUGAGAUCGAGAAACAAGAAUUUGGCCUUAAGCCAAUGAAUUGUCCUGGCCAUUGCCUAAUGUUUGGACACGAGGUUCGAUCGUAUAGAGAGUUGCCUCUCCGCAUGGCUGAUUUUGGAGUUCUGCACAGAAAUGAACUUAGUGGUGCACUUACAGGUUUGACACGUGUCAGAAGAUUCCAACAGGACGAUGCCCAUAUUUUCUGCACGGAGAGCCAAAUCAAGGAUGAAGUUCGGGCUUGCUUGGAGUUCAUUGAUUAUGUUUAUAAAAUAUUUGGGUUUGAAUAUGAGCUGGAGUUAUCAACGAGACCAGAGAAGUAUUUAGGUGACAUUGAGACCUGGAACAAAGCAGAGCAACAACUGACAGAAGCAUUGAAUGAGUUUGGGAAGCCAUGGAAGAUAAAUGAAGCAGAUGGUGCUUUCUAUGGCCCGAAAAUAGAUAUUGGUGUGUUUGAUGCCCUCAAGAGGAAAUUUCAGUGUGCAACUCUACAGCUUGAUUUUCAGCUGCCACUUCGCUUCAAGUUGACUUAUUCUGCAGAGGAUGAAGCCAAGCUUGAGAGGCCUGUAAUGAUACACAGGGCAAUACUAGGAUCAGUCGAAAGGAUGUUUGCCAUUCUUUUGGAGCACUAUAAUGGUAAAUGGCCGUUGUGGUUAAGCCCCCGACAAGCCAUUGUUUGCUGUGUAUCCGCCAAUUCACUAACAUAUGCAAAAGAGGUUCAUGCUCAGAUACGUGCAGCUGGUUUUCAUGUUGACAUUGACAUGACUGAUAGAACAAUUCAAAAGAGGCAGAGUCUGGAAAGGUCUCUCUGA